AUGGUCGACCAUAAUACUGGCAUCGAGAUAGCUGAAAGAGUCUCUUCUGUGUUCUCGGUGCUUGGUGCGGUACUAAUCAUCACGACCUUCCUAUACGACAAUCGAUUUCGCAAACCCGUCAACCGUCUAGUAUUCUAUGCCAGCUGGGGCAACCUCUUUGCAAAUGUCGCAACACUCAUUAGCAGGGAGGGCAUCAAACGUGGCAUAGAUGGCCCAUUAUGCCAGUUCCAAGGCUUCCUCAUCCAAUGGUUCAUGCCGGCCGAUGCACUCUGGACCUUUGCCAUGGCAUGCAACGUGUACCUCACAUUCUUCAAACAGUACGACUCUAUCUCGCUAAGGAAGCUUGAGUGGAGGUACCUGGCAAUAUGCUACGGCUUGCCAUUAAUACCAGCAUUGACCUUCCUUUGUAUUGACACUCGUGCGCGAGGCAAGAUAUACGGGUCAGCUAAUCUAUGGUGCUGGAUUACUCGAGAGUGGAAUGGGCUGCGUAUCGGCGCUUUCUAUGGUCCCGUCUGGAUCAUCAUUCUCUUCGACAUCUUCAUCUACAUUAAGGUAGGCAUGAUUGUCUUCAAGUGGAGAAAGUCCCUCGUCUCGCUGGGCACGCGGACAAAUAGCAAAAGCCAAGAGCAUACCUACGAACCCAAGAUCACUGAGCGACCAAGAUACGAAAUCAAUGUUUCUAGCGCGGUACCGCAUUCUCGGUCGCGAUCACUGACGGGGAACUAUCGGCCAAACAGUAUCAGCAGCACUGCACCAUUCUCACCCUCGCACACUCGUAACGGAUCCAACGAACAGCGGCUCAGUGAUCAAUCCACCCAAGUCGACACUAGAGUCAACACCACGAUCAGCUAUCAACCCAGCACAACCAAAGGCUCGCCAAGAGUCGUUGACGCCAACAGGGCCACCCUCCAAUACUGCUACACCUCAUGUCUGUUUCUGUGCGCUCUGAUCAUCACUUGGGUACCCUCAACGAUCAAUCGCCUGUACACGCUUGUCAGACCCAAUGAGGCUGUCAGUCCCUAUGGUCUCGACCUCUCCAGUGCACUGGUGCUACCACUGCAAGGGUUCUGGAACAUGGUCAUCUACAUCGUCACCAGCUGGACAGCUUGUAGGGCACUCUGGAAGGAGUCGACACCAGAAUACAGUUGCUUUAGCGACUCGUCACGUCGGCCGUCAGGCCACAAACUUCAGCAUCUCGGAAGCACUGACUUCCGUUCACCAGGAACGACGACGGCUGCCAACACGCUGCCAAAAGACCCUUUCCCGCUCAGUCCUCUAGAUCAGACUCACUUCGCAAAGACGGAGUAUGGACACGGCUACAAUCAUAGUCACAGCCACAGUCUCAGCACCGAUUAUGCCUACAAUCGGCAGCAGCAGCAGCGCCAUCAACAAGCAGAGCGCCCUUCAUCGCCACCUUUGAGCCCGCUCAACGCACAUCCUCCCGCAGCUCCACCGCGACCCAGUCUAGCUACUCAGACCAUCAUGACGAGCGCGCCGACACUCUCGCCAGUCUAG